AAGUGCCAAGCAGACCUUUGAGAGUACGUGUCCGAUCACCAUUAUCAACACCGGAUAGACCACCUGUUCGAUGGAGGCUACCCCACUCUUCAGGGGCAAGGAGCCCGCGUAGAUAUCCAUCUUACCUCUCAAGAUAUGGGGAAAGCAGCAGGAAGAUGAGUUAUAAGCCAUUGCCAAAAGAAGAAAGGAAUCAUGAGAUUAAAAAAUUAAAGGAAGAUGAACUGGAAGAGGCAAAAGACAUAACUAUUCGCGUCAUGUCUUCUCAAUCGGUACUUGUUACGUGGACAGAUCCCGUCUAUGAGAAACAGAAGAAAACUGUCACCUCCAGGCAAUACACUGUCCGUUAUAGGGAGAAAGGAGAAUCAGCAAGGUGGGAUUACAAGAAAAUACCUAACAGACGAGUAUUGGUGGAUAAACUGAUUCCAGACACCAUGUAUGAAUUUGCAAUUCAGAUCUCAGAGGGAGAAAGGGAAGGCAAGUGGAGUGCCUCAGUUUACCAAAGAACCCCAGAAGCCGCUCCCACUAGUGCACCAGAAAACCUGAAUGUUUGGCCAAUAAAAGGCAAUACCCCAUCUGUGGCUGCCUCUUGGGAUGCUCUUUCAGAGAGUGAGGGGAAAGUGAAAGAAUACAUUCUCUCAUAUGCCCCCGCUCUCAAGCCCUUUGGAGCAAAGUCCAUUUCCUACUCGGGAGAUACAACCUCUGCCCUAGUUGACGGUCUGCAGCCUGGUGAGCGCUAUAUUUUCAAAAUCCGUGCAGCAAACAGAAGGGGCCAGGGGCCUCAAUCCAAAGCCUUCAGUGUGGUCUUGCCAGCAGAAAGUACAGAUGAACUGAAUGUUGAUCAACAAACACAUACUGAAGAUUCAGAACCACAACCAAAUUCCUCCUCUCAGGAGCUCUCACAAACUUUAUCCUCUAAACAUACUUCUGUCCAACUAUCCAGUUUGCCUGGUGGCAGAGAUUCAAAAAGUUCUAUUUCUGAUCUCAAGAAGAAACUCCCAGCUGGUAAUAGAAACCCCACCAAAAAACAGUUGUCCUCCAGAAAAGAUGCAGAGCUGAAAGGAGACUCUCACUCCACAAGGGAUACUGUUGGCCACCAUGCCAAAAAAGAAAUAGCGACAGAACAACCAAAAACUCAGGAUAUUAAGAGCAGCAUUAAGUCUCACUCUUCUGUUAAACCAUCACAUGCUAUCAGUUCCUCAGGGAAAACGCCUCAUAGUUCACAAACACCUGUAAAUACAGAGCAGAUAAGUACUGGGAAGCAAAGAUCAUUACCCUCUUCGUCUUCCUCCUCUGCUGUUCCCAAAUAUACAGAAAAUGAAACAAAGAGUUUGAGACUCGACAGUUCUAACUUUCCUUCAUCCUCUGAAGUCACAUUAGAUAAUCCACCUGUUGACAAUGAAAGUAAUGAUGAAAUUGACAGCACAGAGGAAAAGCACAUUUCACAUUCAGAUGAGCAGCAUUCUGUAUCUCGGAAGGUGGUUCAGAGUCAUCCACCCAAACUGCCUACCCUUUCUGUAUCAGUCAAGUCUCCUACAUUACCUGCAGUUGCGGGUAAUCCACACCAUCCCUCUUAUAAACUAGUUCCUGUUGAUACCAGUGAUCCUUCUGAAAAGUCUAGUGGCAGAGAUUCGUUAAAAAGAGAGCAAAAGCCAAGUUCUAGGCCUCAGGGUGGCUCAUCUCCAUCUAUGCAAGCCAGGCCUCUGUCUCAUUCCAAUCGCCAGGCAGUGAGAGAUCCAAGAGUAGCCACCUCUGCAGUUUCUGCUGCUGCCACCCAUACAUUACCUCACUCAUACCGCCCAUCUUCCACCAAACAUAGGCCUAGUGGAAGAGAGGACUUUGACGAUAAGGACAAUGAGGGUGAUGAAAAUGAAGAAGGCAAAGAGAACAAACGUGGUUUGUUGUCAUCAAGAUCCAGUUCUAGGGCCUCUUUGGGCCAGACUGUAUCUGAACGGGUUGAUUUGUUGAAACAUCGAUCAGCUCUCACUACAAACCGACUUGCAAACAGGGGAAGUAAUACUCAUGAUACCAGGAUUCAACCUUCUAAAGACUCCUCCAUUGUUGAGUCCUCUAAGGUUCAUCCACACGCCAGCUCUCAUCAGACAACUGGCAGAUCUACUUCCAGUAGUGAUAGUGAUAAAAAUCUGCAAGAUGUAGAUGAAACCCCACUUCCAUCAACUCUUUCCCAUGGCAAUUCACCAUCCUUUCCUAAAUCUUCAGUAGAGUAUUCCAGAAGGAGAAAUCCUCAGGUUGAAUCUAAGAGCCAUCACAGAGAUAUGACCACUGAAAAAUCCAAUCCCACAAGCACACAAGAAGAAAUCCAUAGUGAAGAAAAGGAUGCCACAAAUACUGAUUCUUUACAUGAAGCUCAGCACUCUGAUGCACUGAUUUCAGUAUCUGGCCAAUCUCCCUCACUGAGCAAGCAUCAUUCUGGUGUUUCUCAUCAGUUAACUAAUGGUCAGAGUUCAAGGUCUAGAGGGACAUCUCCAUCUACUCGCUCAGUUCCAAGGACAUCUGUGGGAAAGUCAUCUCCUCUACGGUCUCCUGCUUCUAAAUAUCAACCUGAUGAUCUAGAGAGCAAAGAUAUAUUUCUUAAACCCAAAGAGGCUUCACCUUUGCCUAAAAAAAUAUUAACGGGAGGUUCUCAUGCUUUGUCACGUAAAACACCCCAUCCAGAAACCAGCCAUCAUUCACAAUCCCAGCCCUCCUUAAAUUUGAGAACCCAACCCACACUGAUACCCCUCCAAAGUAAUGAAAACAUGGAGGAUGAAGAUGAAGACAACUUAGAGGAAAACUAUAACAAAGAGGCAAGUGAUAUGAAGAAACAGAAGAAUUCUCAUUCAGUCCCUGCCAAGGAAGUUUCUACACGUAGGAGAGUAUCUACAUCUUUGUCUCGGGAAAGUACCAGUGCUCUUUCAAAGCAUUCUGAUUCUCAUACUAGUAAAUCUGGUGAAAAAUCUCCAGCUCAGCAUGAGCCAUUAACUUCCUCCAGAAGGUUAACUUUGCCACCAGGACAACGUACUGGGUUGAAGGUUAUUACUUCUAGUGAAGAUUUGUUUGAUAUAUAUAAAUUGCCUGCAUCUUCCCAUCAAUCUAAAUAUGUUGAGCCAGAAUCUACCUUUUCAAAAGACACAGUAAAAGACCAUCAACAUAGUAGAGAUACUGCUUUAUUUUCAAAACCACCCUCAACAUCUCUUAGACAAACCCAUCCUUCAUUAUCCCGUUAUCCCUCUGUUUCCAGAGUACCUUCUAGGACAGCAUCCCAAACAGGCAAAAAAUAUGGGCUCCCGGAGCCAGCCUCCACAAAAACUGAACAUUUUCCAAAAACAACUUCCUCUAAAACACACCAGUCUUUUCCAAGCCAUGAUGAUGAUGAAGAUUAUGAUCAGUCAGAAACAAAGGAAAAUCCCAAAGCAUCUUUAUCAGCAAGGUGGCCAUCAUCCUCAGUUUCAAGAGGCAGUAAAAACUUAAAUAAUAACACAGGUAGGGAAAAGAGUAAAUCACCAAGCACUGCUUUGUCUCACGAAGCAAAACUUGUUGAUGAGGAAGAUUACAAGGAAGAGGAGGAGGAGGAGGAAGAGAAGGCAGAAGAUGAGGAAGGGAAAUACACUAUUUCCAAAACAUUAAAUACUGCUACAUUGGACAAGUCUGCUUUAACUUCCAGGUCUUUCCAGUCUUCUAACAAACCUCAGACCUCACGUUCCUCUGGAUCUACUUCUAUAUCUUCUCAACUUCAUCCAACUCAUGCUGCUUCUCCAACAAGGUCCUCAGCUUCCUCAGUGUUCUCUAAUCAGCGAAUACAAAAUUCAAGAUUAUUCAACCUUUCUCAGCGACAGCAACCUAGACUUCCUCACAGACAAGGUAAUGGUGGUCGGCCCAACCUAACAACAAAACUAGAUCAAAAUAAUAAAAUAUCUCCUGGUAAUAAUGGCAAACGACAUGGACAGAAAUUGAUAAAUGGUCCACAAGGAACAAAGUGGAUUGUGGAUCUUGACCGAGGACUGGUGUUGAAUGUUGAAGGACGAUACCUCCAAGAUUCAGAAGGAAAACCUCUCAGGGUAAAAUUAGGAGGAGAUGGCCGUACUAUUGUUGAUUCUAAAGGCGCUCCAAUUGUGAGUCCAGAAGGUUUGCCUUUGUUUGGACAUGGAAGAUUUAGCAAGCCUGUAGCAAAUGCACAAGAUAAACCUAUCAUAAGUCUUGGAGGGAAGCCACUGAUAGGCCUUGAGAUGAUUAAAAGGACAACAACGCCUUCUACAACGACUACUACUACAACUACUACUACUGCCACUACAACAACUACUACUACCACUCCUGAACCAACAACUACUGAGCCACCAACAGAGAAACCAUUGCCUACCUGUCCACCUGGCAGCUAUCCAGAAUAUGAUGAAGAGGGGAAUCUUGUAUUAGGUCGUGACGGUCGUGCUGAAUGCAAUUCUGAAGAUAUAUUCUCAGGGCUUGAUGCAGAUGUGGCAGGAACUACAGAGUCAUACGUCAUAUACGAUGAAGAUUAUGAGUUUUUUGAAACCACUUUGCCUCCUUCUACCACCACUACUGUUGCGACCACCACUACAGAAGUACUGCCUGAAACCACCUUUCCAGAAUUUAGUGUUACAGGCUCAGAUCCUCUGUCAGAAUUUGAUGCUGCAGGAAAGAAACGGUUUACUGCUCCUUAUGUGACUUAUCUAAACAAAGAUCCAGGAGCUCCAUGCUCAUUAACAGAGGCGUUAGACCACUUCCAAGUAGAGAGCCUGGAUGAAAUCAUACCCAACGAUCUAAAGAACAAAGAGAUGCGUCCUCAGAAUGUCCCUCACAAUAUCACUGUUGUAGCUGUGGAAGGCUGCCAUUCCUUUGUGAUUCUUGACUGGGCUAAGCCGAUACAUGGGGAUCUGGUCACAGGAUAUUUAGUUUAUAGCGCAUCUUAUGAUGACUUUAUAAAAAACAGAUGGUCUACCAAGACUGCAGGAAGCACUAAUUUACCUAUUGAAAACCUGAAGCCAAAUACAAGGUAUUACUUUAAAAUCCAAGCAAAGAAUCCCUAUGGUUAUGGACCUAUGAGCUCUUCAAUUUCUUAUGUCACAGAAUCAGAUAAUCCUCUACUUAUUGUCAGACCGCCAGGUGGUGAACCAAUCUGGAUCCCAUUUUCAUUUAAAUAUGAUCCCACAUACUCUGAAUGCAGUGGCAAACAGUAUGUGAAACGGACAUGGUAUCGGAAGUUUGUAGGAGUUGUCCUUUGUAACUCAUUGAGAUACAAAAUUUACCUCAGUGAUGAUCUAAGAGAUACAUUUUACAGCAUAGGAGACAGCUGGGGAAGAGGCGAAGAUCACUGCCAGUUUGUGGAUUCACACCUUGAUGGAAGAACAGGACCACAGUCAUAUGUAGAAGCCUUGCCACCUAUUCCAGGUUAUUAUCGCCAAUAUCGACAAGAGCCUGUAUCUUUUGGACGCAUUGGAUAUAUGACACCAUAUUACUAUGUGGGCUGGUAUGAGUGUGGUGUACCCAUUCCAGGGAAAUGGUAAUGGUGCUGCAACAUUUCUGCCACUUUUAAGCACAGAGCACCGAACAGUGCCUUUUGAAUGACUGUUGCUGGAGGACUCUGAGCAGUUCGUUUGACAAGGAAAGGAAAACAAGAACACAGACAAGAAAGAAACUUCAGGAAACUUUAUAGAUGUUGACAAAGCUCAAUAUUGUAUAAGCUUUCGUCAGUCUAAGUCUAUGGUGCUGCUUGAUUACUGCUUGAGACCACAUACAGAAUUCAGUUUGGGUGUGUUGCCUUUUUCUCCUUGCCUUUUAAAAGACAAGGGGAUGUAGCAGCAAUCUGUGCUCAAUGAAACCUGAUAUAUUCGGCUAGCCACAAAAAAUUGGAAUUGUGAUAUAUUUUGCAAGGAACGACUUAAGCAUGCUGUGCUUGCAUUAUGGAAUGCUAACCACUUGCCACUGCUAUUAAUGGACUUUUCUAUUGCCUUCCACUGCCUUCUGAAAUAUUCCAGAAUGUUGCUAUUCAGUCAAGUCGUGCCGUGUUAACUAAACACUCUUGAAAGCCAAUCAAUGUUAUUCAAGACUUCUCCUGUGGAUUUGCACAUUGCUGAACAUAAUACCAGGUCAUUGUGUAAAUUCCGUUUUAAAAAGCAACCAAUGACAACCAGUACUGUAUGCUUGCAGAAGUACUUCUUAGAACUGAGGUUUUCUUGUUGAUUUAGAUAAAUAUGUCUAUGGGGUGAUAUGAUAUGUAAAAGGUGCUAUUAAUUAACAAGUUUUCUAAAAAAAUAUUCUGUGAAAAAAUAUAUUAUGCACAAUACAUUAACCAUGUAAGAAUCAGGCUUCUCUUUUUGCAAGUAUUGUUGAACUGUAAUGAUGUUGAUAUUUGUAUAAAAUAGAAGAAUUCAACAUUGCGUUCCUAGCAAGUGAUAUUUUAGUGAUGGUGAAUUAUUUGCUACAUAUACUGCCAUGCUUAAUAGUCCAACAUGAAUUCCAACAAACUGGAGAACAACAAGCAUUAUCAGGGGACUAGAAAGACUGGAAGAACUGAGCAUGUUUUACCUUGAUAAAAGAAGACA